UUACUGCACACGUUAACUAUCUUAGAGAGCAAUCACUGAGGUUGGUGAGCGUGGGCACCAUUUCGGUAUCAUUUCGUUACCGUACUAUGGGUUUCAGUUGUUGGUCAGGAUGGGAGACAGGAGAGAGUAUGAGCGGGGUGAGAAGCGCUCCAACAGUGAAGACCGUACUGGAUAUCGUAGGCCGGAUGGUGGGCAGGAUCGAGGAGGUGGUGAGAGGUACUACCAUCGAGGAACUUAACAAGAGUUUGGCAUCUGUUUUGGAGUUUGUCCAAUGUGAGAAGGCGAGGAAGGCGGAAGAGGAGAGGCUGAAGCGAGAAGCUGAGGAAGAGGAAGAGAGAAAAGCAGCGGCGAAACGGGCAUGUGAGAAGAAGGAGCGCAGGAGAGCGACUAAGUUGCAGAAGGAAGCGGAGCGCGACACUGAGAUGAACAAGAGGAUGGAGCUACAGCUUGCAAUCAAGACUAACGACUUUUUUUACCGUAUGGAGGCCAAUCUUGGCCCGACGCUGGAACUUGUGCAGAGGAAGGUGAAAAAGCAGGUGACGUGUACUGGUAUGCAUAGCUCUGAGCAUGAAGGCAGUGAUAGCGCAACAGAGGAGAUCCGCACCCGUACCGGGCCCUUGACUAUCAACGAGAAACGGAAGAGAGGACCUGAGUUUGUAUUCGAUGACAACCCUCCUAUGUUGACGCCGGAUAAACGAACCACGAGACGGACCAAGGUGAUGAUUGGUGCGACCCCUGUCCGUCUGACGCGGGCUAAGGGGAAAGUCAAGACCAAGGUGUCCCCGUACCUGGCGAAACCGAAUCGGAGCCUUGAAAAGCCAAGUAAUGUGACAAAGCUUCGGUACCGUAACCGGGUCAUGGAAGACUUACGUGGUCUUGAUGCUCAGGAGCUGCAAUCCAUCUGCAAGACGGAGGGUGUUGUGUACAACGGAAAGAUCGACGCGGUCUUUGAUAUUGCUAGCCACAAGACUCGUGUUGCCUUUGGCGAAUUAGAACCUGUCGAUCUCUCCAGUGACACUGAACUUGAUGAAGAAGAAUCGGCGAAUGUCGACGAUGAAGAACAUGCUGAGGAGGAGUGAUGUAGCUACGGGUCUGACGAGAUAUGUCGGGUCGUGCGUACGAUAGCAAGUUUUCACAG